AUGACAAUGUUGCCAUACGCAACAUGUGAUCAUCUUAGUAAGACUUACAACAUUAUUCCAGUGUCUAAUGUUUUAUUUAGAUAUCGGAUGUAUCAGAAAGAGAAAGUGAAGACACCACUAUACACCCCUACCAUGCUGACAAAGGACAGUUCAUCAGCCAAGCAAGGACCAGCCAGGUUUUGGGGAUCUUACCGGCCACACACAUACUUUGGAAUGAGAACUAGAAGCCCUCGGUCUCCAGUUAUGGGUCUCAUGUGGUUGAAUCAGCUGACAGGACAAAUGCCACCACCAAUCAGGCAUUGGUGUGAUCAGGGUGACAGGUUGCCGAAGUAUGGCUGGUUGAAACAUGAUGGGAUUAACUUUGGAGUACAAGAGAUUCAUGAUACUGACUUCACCAUUACAACAGAGUUUGUGAAGCGACUUGGAGGUGAGCACGGGGGUGACUGGACUGCCAGAAUUACAGCUAAACCAAAUGACAAGUUUCCUGAAAGAAAGAGGCUGGUAUCUCUGAUGUUUUAUACAGCAUUGGAUGGUCAGGGCCAGAUUGAGCCUGUCCUCUCCAAAACUGGCCAAAGACUAAAUGCAAUAACUGGUUACUCAGAAGAACUUGGCUAUUUCAAACUCAAUUUUCCAAAAUCAAAAUCAGACUCAACAUAUCGCCAUAACUAUCUCUUAACAUAUGCACCAGGUCUUGACAAACUGAAAGAAGCCAUUAUGAAUGGUAUUAGAGUUGAGGCAUGGGAUAAAGCUAGAAAAGUUCCAUAUUUUGUCCUCGGAGGUAGACAGGUUCCCCGAGAGGCAGAGGGUGGAGCUAAUUUCCUUGUGUAUCAGGUAACCACAGAAUUACCAUUUGAAAUGGAAGUUGUAUUUGAAUCGGGCAGCUUUGUUGAUAGACCAGACAAACUUUCUGGAAGUUUAUUUGAUGCUACUUUAUCUCAGCAUAUCUCUCAGUUUGAUAAAAGAUUUGAGGAAAUAUUUAGUUUGAAUUCAAAAGGCUUUUCAGAUAAUGAGAUAAAGUUUGCCAAGGCAGCUUUAAGUAAUAUGGUAGGAAGUAUCGGAUACUUUUAUGGAGCAUCUUUGGUACAGUCAUCUUACAAUGAGGAACCAGUCCGCUACUGGAAUACAGCGUUGUACACAGGUGUCCCAUCACGCUCUUUCUUCCCGAGGGGUUUUCUAUGGGAUGAAGGGUUCCAUAAUUUGUUAAUCAGCAAAUGGGAUCCAGAAAUAUCAAAAGACAUCCUAUCUCACUGGUUAGAUUUAAUAAAUUCUGAGGGAUGGAUUCCUCGAGAACAAAUAUUGGGAGUGGAAGCUCGAGCACGAGUUCCAGAUGAAUUUGUCGUCCAGCACAAUGAAAAUGCCAAUCCGCCAACUCUUAUUCUCCCACUUCAGAGACUUAUUAAAGGAAUGUUGAGCAGCGAUAAGGAAAAGGACAAAGUUUUCCUAAUGGCUGUUUUUCCUAGACUGAAAGCAUGGUUCCAGUGGUAUAAUACGACACAAGAUGGUCCCAAACCAUUCACUUACAGAUGGAGGGGCAGAGAUUCCAAAACAAAUAAAGAACUAAACCCUAAAACAUUAACAUCUGGUUUAGAUGACUAUCCCAGGGCGUCACACCCAACUGACAAUGAGUAUCAUGUUGAUCUUAGAUGUUGGAUGGCACUUGCUUCAGGGCUGAUUGCUGAUAUAGCAAGCUCCCUUGGUGAAAAUGGCAAUGAAUAUCUAGCCACACAUAAACUUUUAACAAACAAUGGAAUUCUUGAUCAGUUGCACUGGUCAGAUACAAAGCAACAGUACAGCGAUUAUGGACUGCAUUCAGAUAAAGUGAGACUGGAACGUCCAAAACCUCCGCAAAAUCUUGAACCAGGGCAGAGGCCACCACCAAUGAAUAUGGAUAAAGUACGUGUAGUACUAGCAGAUCCCAAACCUGGCUUUGUAAAUGCUUUUGGAUAUGUGAGUUUGUUUCCAUUCUUGCUUAAAAUAGUAGAACCAAGUUCUCCAAAAUUAAUGAGGACCAUGACUGACUUGCGAAGUGACCGUCUGCUGUGGACGGAUUUUGGAUUACGUUCACUGGGACAAUCAUCCACAAUGUACAACAGAUAUAACAGCGAGCACGACCCACCUUAUUGGAGAGGUGCAAUAUGGAUAAACAUGAAUUAUCUUGCUUUAAGUGCCUUAGAUUUUUAUAGAACAGUUAGCGGUCCUUACCAAAAACAGGCGGCUGAAAUUUACACAGAAUUAAGAAACAAUGUCGUUAAGAAUAUAUACAAACAGUAUGAGCAGACAGGUUACAUUUGGGAGAAUUAUAAUGAUAAAACUGGUGAAGGAAAGGGUUGUCAUCCAUUUACAGGGUGGUCUGCCCUCGUUACCCUUAUAAUGGCAGAAAUUUAUGAAUGAAAACGUUCUGUUAUCUAUGCAGAAUUUUUUUUUCUAGUUUAAGAAAAUGGGAAUCAGUCUUCAUAUCAUAAUGACUAAACAAAGACUCUGUAAUUAUAAGUGCUUGUAAUUGUAAAUGCUUGUCACAUGUUAAUGGUGCAAGUUUUUAUCCCAUUGGCUUGGGGAGUGGAGAUUAUCCAAAGGCUAUUAACUCGCUUUGAACUUUUUUUCAUUUCUUCAGAUAGCAAACUAAUUGUGUUUAAAUGUUUUACAUAAAGAGAUCUCGUAGACAUAGGAGUUGGGAGUUGGUUUGCUUGUGAAUGAAGGAAGAGGUCAGAUAUAGGGAAGAUUAUGCUACUUUUAAAGUUUAUUUUAUCUUUAAUGUCAAAGACUGUUGCAGCUAUCUAACAUUAAGAUGAUCUCAGGAAAAGAGAAUGUGUUGAGUUUGGCAUGAUUGGUAUGUAAUGGUCAGAAUGAAGCUUGAAUCUGGAGUUUGGAAAUAUUGAAGACAUUUAUGCAGUACAAACUUAUAUAAUAAAAGCAGUUUCCUCAUCUAGAAGCUUUUUUAAUGACAGCUUUUCAGUAAUCAGGACAACAGGGCUUCCUUGUACAUAACUUGGUACAGGUCUUGUAUAUUGGAAUUUCAUAUUCAUAUUUGAAAUCAAUGAUCAGUUCUGUAUAUAGCUUUGAUCUUGUUAGAUAUACACUGUGAAGGAUUUUUCUUGACAGAUAUUAACUACUGAACAGUAUUGGCAAGGCUCUUUCAAGAUUUAAAAAAAGAAAUUGCUAUAUAACAAUGCUUGCCCAUGGUCACUAGGGGAUUAGCAAAACACUCAAGUUAACCAAGGUUUUGAAUGAUCCAAACAUAGAAAAUAUAAGGAAGGCAGCAGGGAACCACAUUAAUUGAUCCAAACAUAGAAAAUAUAAGGAAAGUAGCUGAGGAAUCACAUAAAUUGAUCAAAACGUAGAAAUACAAGGGUAACAGCCGGGAACCACAUUAUGUAAUUUAAUUGAUCAAAACAUACAAUAUAUAACAGUAGGGGAAACUUCCUGAUCGGGAAAUUAUUUAUGUGUUUUUCCCUACUUCCCGAACAGGAAACUUGUUACUUAUUAUAGUAACAUGCUUCCCAUUCAGGAAGUAAAACCACUAUAUUUUAUGUAGGUUCAUUAAAAAUGCCCCAUGCAUAAGACUAUACAUGAGAUCUCAAAAUUGAAUAUGCCAUAUUGAAAUUAAAAGACAUAUCUAGAUUUCUACCGUUCAGAAUUUUCUUAAAUGUCUUAGUAUUUUUUUAAUUUCACAUUGAAUCUGCCCUUUUUCUGAAUGAACUGCAAAAAAGCAGAGUUUCCCGAUUUGGAAACCUAACUUCCCAAUCAGGAAAUUCUUCUUAUUUGCGUGGCACAUCUUUUUAUCAUACUAAAUGGAAUAUCAAGCCAGACGAAGUCAUAAGAACCAGAAGAAACAUUUCAAAGGAAAAUCUGAAAAAAACUUGAUAAACUACAUAAAUAUGAAAAUCACAAACUAGUGUCAUAUUGCAAAGGCUGUGUCUCCUACAUUAAAAACUUUAAAACUAUUAUACAGAAUGCAAAGAAAGUAGAUCAAGCAACACAGACCGAUACUAUUAAACAUAUUUGUAUAGGUACAAUUUUUACCUUAAUUGAUGCCAAAUCUUUUUUUCAGUAAUAAAUUCACAGUAUCUAGUUUGAUACAAAGUGAUAUUGAGAAAUACCAAAAGCAGGACAAUUUUUGAUGCUAGAUGUUUUUCAAUGUAAAAUUCUGAUUUUGUUCAUGAGGGAUACAUAAUGCUUUUCCAGAUUGUUUGUAUUCUUCACAUGAAUAUUUUACAAAAAAAAUCAAUUACUAAGAGUAAGAUAAGAUAGUGGAACUAACAACCAACACAGAUUAAAAUUAACAGAUUUAUUAAAAUGACCGACGUUUCGACUCUUCACGAGUCUUCAUCAGGGUGAACAAAUAACAGAAACAAAUCUACUAAGGUACAAAAAUUCGGGAGCAAUUGUCACGUGAUGUAUGUCUAAAAAUAGAAUUGUAAAUAUUGUCCUAGGGAGCAGUUGUUAUUUAGUGUUAGUGAAAAUUGUUAUCGAAAUCGUAGUUGAUAAUUAACAGUUCUUUUCAAAAAUGCCAUAUAUUGAAUAAAUACUUAUUUGAAUGUCUCGUAAUGAAUCAAAAAAAUCAAUUGUCAAGGUGAUACCAAAUGUAUUUUUCAAAUUGAAAAUUUUUGAACAAACUUAAGAAAUUCGAAACAGUAGCUUUAGUAGUAUACUGUCAUAUGCUAGAACCAGAAUUAUUAUUAAUUAAAUUCUGUUCUUUAGGUAACUUAUUAUACAUGAUAAUAUAACAGUAUUACAAAACAUAACGAUAAAAUAUGAAAGGGGUUUACUUAUAAUGACAUAGAGAUUUGGUUUCAGAGUAUAUAUUGUUUUGGAAUACUACUUUAUGCUUUGAUAGGAACAGAGAUAUUUGACUUUUAAAAAACUUACUUUUUUCUUUUAACAAGGCAGUCUGAAAGACAGCUAAAUCCCCCGCCACUGCUAUGGAUAGUGAAAGGGUAAACCUUUGAUUUUAGCCGUGACCUUGACCUUGAACUGACAUGGCUGACUUAUGAAUUCUGCACAACGUCUUGAUGAGGUGAUCAUUUGACCAGUUUCAUGAAAAUCCUUCAAGGGGU